CCUGCAGCAAACAUCUCAUUACCAAAACUGUUGUGUUCAACGUGAUGCUCAUGACAUCAGCCUUACCACCAGUCACGCAAUCGUGCGUCGUGCUUCUAUUUUUACACUAAAAAGCUAUUUUUGCACAGGGGCGCACCGACCCGCUUUAGAGUCUGGAAGAUAAUAUAAGUAGCUGCAGAGCCCGUCAGCUCGGAGUACUUUUAUGUCAUUUUCAAAGACGUUAUCGUGUCAAUGCGCAAUUGCGCAGCCAGGAAACCCUGAGCUGUGAGCCCAGUGGCAUGACGAGGGUGCUUGAAAACUACCGCAGCGCCUCACAAGAACAACCUCCUGCUGUGACCCCCACUCACAUGAAACGGAAUUUCCUUAACAUAAUCAGGUGAGCUUUCUCUCUAUGAAUCCCCCGUGACAUCACCGUGGACGCUGUUGGAGGGACCGCUUCGAUUGCAGAGGACAUUUGGUGCUAUAGGCAGGGUAAGCAUGGCAGCGUAUCGGAUAUGUUGCGACUGCAAGUUGCGAUGACAGUUCGCAUCAGGGCUGUGGAUGCGCUCUUCAAAAGUCUGGAUAUUUGAGAGGAAGCACCAUGGACGCGGCGGACGUAGUUGCUUCCGUGUUGGUUUUGGGGAUAAUUAUUGUGUCGCUGCUGUCCAACGUUGUGGUGCUGAUCUGUUUCCUGUACAACCCAGAGAUCCGCAAACAGGUACCAGGUCUUUUUAUUCUCAACUUGACAUUUUGCAACCUGUUGCUAAGCGUUUCCAACAUGCCACUUACUCUGGUCGGGCUCGUCACCACUGGCCACCCCGGAGGCAGCGGCUUUUGUCAAAUAGUGGGUUUCCUUGACACUUUUCUCACCACAAACUCCAUGCUCAGCAUGGCAGCUCUCAGCAUCGAUAGAUGGGUGGCGGUGGUGUUCCCGCUGAGCUACCACUCAAGGAUCCGGCACCGGGACGCAGUGAUAGCGCUAGGAUACACGUGGAUACACUCACUUUGCUUCUCCACGGUGGCCACCUGCCGCUCCUGGGUCGGGUAUAACCACCUUUACGCAUCGUGCACCCUCUGCAAUGUCAGGGCGAAGGGAGCCGGGAUGCAGUUUAUCAUUUUUACCGUGGCUUUGCACUCCCUCACGUUCCUCCUCACGCUGAUCGUGUUGUGUGUAACGUAUCUGAAAGUGCUGAAAGUUGCCAGGUUUCACUGUAAACGCAUCGACGUGAUCACUAUGCAGACGUUGGUGCUGCUUGUGGACAUUCACCCCAGUGUGCGACAGAAAUGCUUGGAUGAGCAGAAGCGGAGGAGGCUGAGGGCCACCAAGAAGAUCAGUACAUUCAUCGGCACAUUUGUGGUGUGCUUCAGCCCUUAUGUCAUUACAAGAAUUGUAGAGCUCUUCUGCCCUGGGCCCAUAAGUCCUCACUGGGGUGUGCUGUCCAAAUGUUUGGCCUACAGCAAGGCAGCAAGCGACCCAUUUGUCUACUCACUGCUGCGUCACCAGUACAGGAAGACCUGCAGCCUUCUGGCUAACAAAGUCCUCAAGAGGGGUCCACUCAACUCCUCCUCCAUCAGGAUGGAGAACAAUGCAGGAAGGAGUAACACCAACUCCAACGUAACCAACAACACCCAACCAUCCACCAACAAGCCACUUGGCCAGUGAAGGUCAUCACCUACAGAGACGACGGGUAUUUCAUCACGAUAAAGGUUAUAGCAGUAGAUUGACCUCUGGAUGAUAAUGUAACAUCAGAGUGAAGGUCAAGGGUGGCAAUAUCACAUUUGCUUAUUGUCAACAAAUCCCAUGAAAAGACCAAAACAACAGCCUGUCUUCAGCACUCGGCCCCAAGCUCAUUCAUUCCCACUAAAUGAAAGAAAAGUCAGAAAUAAAUACUUUAAUAACAAAAAACAGGCUAACCAUUUGUUCGAAUAGCUGGGCCCUGCGGUCUUUACAAAUGUUCAUUAAACAGCAGUAAAAAGUCCCUUUGUAGAGGACUAUUUUCAGGAGCAGACUUGGUACACUGGUGAAUAUUUACAGCAUCCAAACUGUGCACAUAGGAUUAACUCAAAAUAAACUACAGUGUCCAUGCUAACAGCAGCGCAGCAGUGUGGCUCAGAUGCUUUUUUUCUUUGUUUUGUUUUUUAAUAGUUUUUGGACACAUGGAGGUCUAUGACACAUAGGAAUAAGCUACCAGAGGAAGCCUGUUAAUUGGCAGUGAUUGGUAUCAGUCUAACUUGGCUCCAACAGUAGCAGAUGGCUGCACAGCCUCCAGCAGUCAGUUUCUUAACUGGAAAUACUGACUUUGUGAGAUGAUAGUUCAAAACUUAAAAGUUAAAAAUCACUCCCACCUAUUUUUCCAUGUUUAGUUGGAGUUCAAGAUUUUUUUUUAUGAAUUACUAUGAAUUGGAUGUUUAACUCCAGGUUUACAUGCAAGGUUUUGGAUUUUUGUUGGCUGCUAUCAUUAUUAUAUCAUCCUUUGGACAUCCACUAUUGGUCGACCUGUAGGAGCUUCAUCAGGCUUUGCCUACACCAGUAAUCAUUCUCAGCAAGAUUGAUUUGUUGAAAAGAGUCUGAUGUCACCAGCUUUAAAGAAGAACAGACCGACCAUUAUUGUAGGUUGUACGUGUACUGAUUGUAACGGUAUUUCAACAGAAGUGUAAUGCAGUCUUUUUCUACAGAGUGACAGUUUCUAGUGAGAUGAAUUUGUAGCAGACCGGUAAAUUUGUGUCAGAUGGAAAUCCACAUCAUGUGAUCCAAAUGUGAACUAGAGUGUAGUCCCACCUCCAGUGUUCAGAGCCGAGAAGCCAGCCAUCACUCCUGGUUUAAUUAGACCCGUUAUACGUGGACACACUACAUAACAGCUAAAUCUUACAUAAUAAAUAUUUUAUUAUCAUCUAAUGUUGUCACAGGUUUGGUCAAAUCCGUGAUUAAUUAACACGAGAGUGUUUAUUACCUCAAGACAGUAUAGUUUUACACUGAAUUGCUGAAUUACUUCAUUCAAAUUCAACCAUAACUUCUGACCUCAAUACUGAUUCUCUGGCUGGGUGAAACAAUAUGUGUUCAAGGUAUGAAAUAAAAUAGAUGGUAGUUUUGACAGCACAGUCAUGUUGUAUGCACAGCAGUGGACCACAAUGAUUGAAAAUCUUGUAUGUUGAAAUCCUUAAUUGAAAUCCUUGUACGUUGUAGCUGUGAGGCCUGAGUUCUAAAGUGCCUUUUAGACUACGAGCUCUCUGAUUUAAUCAAAACAGGAAACUCUUUGCAAUCAGUCAUUUGCUUUGUAUUCAGUGCUGUGGUUAAAUGUGAUGAUAGAGCCUGUUAUGCAGUUUGUUCAAAGUGUAAGUUUGAAAGUUUUGAGUAGUUGUAUUUUGUAACACCACCACACUGUAUUGUUACUUCAGGUAAAACAGGGUGAAAUGUUAUUUGAAUGUGGUAGCAACUAUUCAGUGAUGUGUAAUUAACAUUACAGCUCAUGCCGUAUGAGCAGCUGUGUGACGUCUGGGUUGCUAAAAUGAUUCAUUUUGACAGCACUGGCAAACCAGGAUUAUUGUGUUUUUAUUUUACUGUGACAGUAUGAAGCCUUUAAAAGGCGUAAAUCUAUUUAUUUUUGUCAAAACCGUGUCUGAUUUUUGCUAAAUACGUUUGUGAUUAUAUUGCAAUAAAUGCUGUGCAUUUUGACAUUUUAAGACCUCAAGUUUCUUCUAGUCGCUGUGUGACUUGAAAUGAUGCACAGACAGUUCAGCUUUCUUUUGUUUGAACAAUGUUUCACCAAAAGACAAGUCUGC